GUCGCAAAUUGACAGCCUGCUGAAUUUUGUUGCAGGGAACACGGAAAACAGGAAAGUAAUGUCUUCUGUAGACGAUGACGUGUUUUCCUGGCUAUUGAUUAACUGCGACCUAUUCACGCUGAAUAACGACAGCGCCAUCCCCACCUCUUCAAAGAACCUUCUCCCGCAGGAAUCGGCGGGCACCGCUGUGUCAGGCGUAUCACAGCAGGUAGACUGCUUCGUACAGACGAUGAUAAUUCCAAGGUGAAUCCGCAGACUUUUGAUGCACUUGUAAAUUCCACCACUCCCCUGGAGAGCGAUCGCUCCUCGUCUAGCACCCUUCCCAAGGUUCCAGAUGACGUCGCGCUAACGGAAGAGGACCGCAAAAGACUUCGUUUGCAGCGAAAUCGCGAGAUCGCCCGCAAUUGUCGCAAACGUCAGCGGGAGAAGAUGGAGCAAAUGGAGCAGGAAGUGAAACGCCUGCGCGAGGAGAACGACGAACUGAUUUUCUUGCUUCGCAAAGGAGUGGACAGCAAAAAUCGCGAGAAGGAGCGCUGUCGACAGCUGAAGAAGCUCCGCGAGAUGAAGGACACGGCGAGCGAAGAAGAACUCAAAAGCUUAAUGGAGCAGUACAUAGUGAGCUGGCAAGACUAUGGCCAGGAGCGUCGUCGCACUGUAAAAUAUCAUUUAGACCGCUUAAAGUCCCUCUUGCUACCAACCAAUGCAAUGGCCGUCCUGGUUGAUGAUUUACGACGCUCCCACGACGGUGGACACGAUCCACGACUAUCUGACCGAUCUUCAAGAUCUCAGCGAAAACGACGAGAUUCCGCCGUCGGCGUUCCGCGACCGAGGGAUUUGGUCGCUGAUCUGCCGGGAGAUGAAGUUCACGGCGGAGCAGCAGCAGUCGAUUCUGGGUGCGAAGGCGCUGAUUCGAACGCAGCGAAAGAACCUGCAAGAAACCCUUUCGCUGCUGAACGAGCUGCAAACGAAGAUCGAAGACAACAUGAAGACAAUGAAGGAAAUGGUGGAUCGGUAUAUGAACAUCUUGAAGCCGUCGCAGCAAAUCGCGUUUUUAACGUGGAUCGAAGACAAUCAAGCUUGCAUGUAUAUGCUGAAUUCGAUUUGGAUGAAUCGGAGGAAUGCAAAGGACGAAUGGAGUGUUUGUUCAACAAACAGAGCGCCUGA